UCGCUUCUUUGCUUGGAGAAAUCGAUGACAGGUCAUGAGACGAAUUGUAUAAGGAGACCGCUACGCAGCGAUGGUGUUGAAACGAAACCACAUCUUCGAAGCGCUGCAAACGCACUCACACUCGUUCCAUCCUCAUUCAUUCAGCUCAGCCAUAUACCACUCUAGUUCACUAUAGUGACCACUGUUCAAACUUCCUUCUAUUAUCAUUAUCCUGCUCUGUUGCGCCAACCAACCUCAUAUUAGCCAACGCCAAGCAUCUUCUUUCGAUCGCAAUGUCCGGACCAGAAAGCAAACUCGGCGGUCUUUCCACCAGCAUAGUCGCCGUAAUUGCUGUGGGUGGUGUCGCGGGCCUUCUGGCACUCAUCGUCGUCGCUGCUAUCAUUAUGGAUAUACCAAAGCGUAUGAAAAAGAAGAAGAACACGGGCAUCAUGGCAGCGGAAGAGAUGGAGAAGAAGAGUAUGGAUAUCGAAGAAAAGCCUAUGGGAAUCAAUGAAAUGGAAAAAGGCGCUCCCAAAUUGUCGACAACCCGAACGUCGAUGAGAUCUCCAAGCCAAUACUCAAGCACGCAAGUUGAUCGGUCAACGUCGCCAGAGUGUCAAUGCGCACAUCCUUCGAUAGUUAUACAUCCGUCGCCAGUAUAUUCGAGUACCUCGACGUUAUCACAAGGUUAUUAGAACCCUGCCAUGUACCCCACGAACCUCUUGGAUAUAACGGUCCGUUUCUACACCAUCCGGACCGAUUCGGGCUCUCGGACAACUUUUACACCUUUAUUCGGCGUUAGCAUCUGUGAUGGCUUCACUAAAUCCGAGCACAUUUUGUUGCCACGAGAUCAAGGCGUUGUGUUCGGAAGUGUGGUACCUUUUGUCUACACGGUGUAUGGAGUUAACGGCUAUAAGCGCUGGGCAACACGAAACUGCGAGCCUCGCGCAUCAGCCUAUCGCUUGCUCUAGCACUAUUAUCCAAAGUGCUGUAGUCUAGGCACCAGGUGCAUUCUUCUUCUCUGGCACCCGAUUCGCCACUGUCAUACUGCAUCAUCGUCGUGCCAAAUACAGAUGGCAUAGAUUUCAGCUUUGUAAAAUCAGUCAGCGUCAGCACUUGUAGUAAUGAAGGCUUUGAUACCCCUCGCGUAGAAGGAAGAAAUUAUU